UUAUUAUUAUCAUUUUAAAUGAACAUGACUAAUUUCAAUAUUACACAAACUAAUAUAACUAAUGAAUCUAUUGAAUUAUUACAAUUAUUUCAUUUAGUACGAACUAUAUGUAUGCAAGGAUUAAUUCCAGUUAUUUGUAUUAUUGGUAUAUCAACAAAUAGUUUAAAUAUACUUAUAUUAACAAGAUUAAGAAUGCGUUCAUUAACUAAUAAUUAUUUACUUGCUGUAGCUGUUUGUGAUUUAUUUUAUGGAAUAACAUUAUUAUUACUUACAUUAAGAACAUUUGGUAAAUUUGAAACAUAUAAAUAUUAUAUGAAUUUAUUACCAUAUAUAAUGGCAUUUGGUAAUUUAUGUAGUAAUACAGCAUGUUGGUUAACAUGUGCAUUUACUGCUGAACGUUAUAUAGCUGUUUCAUCACCAAUUUUAGCUCGUAAAAUAUGUACCAAAGAAAAUUGUAAAUGGAUAAUACUUAUUAUAUGUUUAUUUACAUUCAGUGUAACAUUACCAGAUUUUUUAUCAUAUACUGUAAAAUGGAAUGAAGAAUAUAAAACAACAAAAGAGAUUCAAACAAUAAAUGAUGAUUUCAAUAAUAUUGAAGAUUUAACAUUGAAUGAAAAUCAAACUCUUGGUAUUAAUAAUAAUAAUAAUAAUAUUAGUAAUAAUGAAACACCUAAUCAACAACUAUCUAUUCGUGGAUCACAUUAUAUAUUAACAGAAACAAGAUUAGGUAAAAUUCUAAAUAAAAAUGGAUGGCCUAUAAUUAUUAUUAUAUUAGUUGUUAUAGGACCAUUAAUUAUUCUUUCAGUAUUUAAUGGUCUAUUAAUUAAAUCCAUUAUAAAUGCAUCAAAAAUUCGAUUAAAAAUGACUAAAAAAACAAAUGAUGUAGUUUUACCAAAAAUUCGUUAUGGUAUUAUAUGUGUUACUGAAAGUUUAACAAAUUAUACAAGAAAUAAUUCAGAACCAAUAAUAAACAAUAAUGAUAGUCAAGAUUGUUAUUCAUUAAAAAAUUCAUUAAAAAAUUAUCAAUUCAUUUGUAAAUAUAAACCAUUACAAUUAAAACAACAAAAAUUAUCUAAACAAAAUAUGAUCACUGGCAUGGAAAUGCACGAAAUAAUCAAUAAUGAUAAUAAUAAUAAUGGUAAUAAUAAUGAUAAUAGUAAUAAUAAUGAUAAUAAUAAUAAUAGUGGAAAGAAUAUAAUGAGAACUGAUGAACAAGAUACUAUACCAACUACUAUAUAUCGUUCAUAUAAUUCAGCACAAAAAUUAUUUACUAUACAUCAAUCAAAACAUAAUUAUUUAAAUGAAAAAGAUAGAAUUACAUUAAUGUUAAUAUUAAUUGUUGUAGCAUUUUGUGUAUUUACAAUGCCAAGUGCAAUAUUACAUUUAAUUAAAGUAUCUAAUCCAAAUAUAAAUCAAUCAUCAAUGCGUUUAUAUUUAAUGAUAGCAGGUAAUUUUGUGAAUUUAAGUUUAGCUAUUAAUUCAACAUUGAAUUUCUUUUUUUAUUCAUGGCUUAGUAGACGUUUUCGUAAAACAUUUUAUAAUUUAAUUAAAUGUAAUUAAAAUUAAUUAAUUAAAUUUAUUAAAGUAUUACAUUAAAACAACUUAAUAUGGUAUAGAUACUAUAAGAAUGAAUCUUAUAUUUCUGUUAUUAUGUAUAUAUAUUUGUGUAUUUGAAUGAAUGAUAUUGUACAUUAAAACAAUAACAAACAUGACUUAUCUUCAUUCAUAAGAUGUAUCAUGAAAAUCAGUACUAUUUUCAAUAAAUC